CCUGAUGCCGGUCCUCCUACUGGGGAGGAAGAACAUCAUGAUGAGGAUUCGGAGAAGUACAGUGAACAGCAACUGGAACUAGCUGCACGGAGAAACAUGUCCAUCUGGAGAUCUCAUAAUGGGCCCACGCAGAGGGAAAAGUUUGUCAGGGGAGAGAGAUCUUUCCAGAAUUGGCUUGCACGGAAUAAGACAUUUUCAAAUGAACCAAGUGAUGCAGCUGAGAGUGAAGGUGCUGGGAGCAGCAAGAGGGAUGAUGAUGAUGAUGAUGAGGAGGAGGAGGAGGAGGAGGAGGAAUAUGAUGACGAUGACUAUUUACAUGUCUACUUCAAACAAGACUGGGGGUCGGCCAAUGGGAGCGAGGAAAACGACUGGGAUCUCCCCUCACAACCAGCCUCCGAUACUCAGACAGUACCAGUUACGGAGGAUGAGACAAGUGGAGAAAGUGAGAACUGGGAUGAAGAAAUAGAGGAUCAGUUCUCCAGCAACACAGAUGCUGCACCUGUGUAUCAACAUCCGACGUGGGCAGAAGCUCAUCAGCCCACCAAGGACCUUCAAACGCUCUUGUUUGCGUUCGAUCUCCACGUACCAUCGAUCCCUCGCAACAUGGCAGCUCUUACCUUCCCAGAAGAACCAGGACAGUAUGAUGAUGCAGAUGAAUGAACCCUGCUCAAACACCAUGACUACAGCUUGUCACACAAGAAGAUGUUAUCUCUCCAAAUAUUGUGUAUUGUAUGGAGAACAAAGGUUAUGUUGAUUGGGACCAUCAACCUUGUGAACCUCUGAAGGUCGUGACCUUCACAUUGAUAAU